CCUCUCCCUAAGAGUGGAGCAGGCGAGUGAGUGGACCAUGAGGGGGUAUGGCGUGCUGUCCAAGACUGAGUACAAGGAGUUCUUCGCCAACAUCAACUACCAGCAGAGGUCGAUGGGCGAGACGCUGGACCACGUACGGGUCCUGCUCAUCUCGUACGGCUCGUUCGGCCCCGAGAAGAAGCGCAAGGGGGCUGCGGUCGACUUUUUCUUCCGCGCGGUCUCUCUAUUGUCCAGGCGGACCUGCGGUACUCGUCGCGGAUCGAUGGGCGGCAGCUGGCGCAGGUCUCGCGUGACGAUCCAAACCUGGAUGCCAUCUUAGGUGACGACGAGGCUGGAAUAGAGAAGCGCGAGGUGCUGCCGAGCGAUGCUGAGCUUGCUGCUGGUGUGCCGAACACCAUUGUGCUGCGCAAGGUCGACAACCAGCGCGCGCUCCCGUUCGAGACGCAUUCGUUUCACAGAGUCAUCAUGCGCAAGGGCCUCUGCCAGUGCCAUGAUCGUGAUGUUGGAUGCGGUGGUGUUGCUGGGGACUUUGAGACUGCGUUCAGGUUUGUGGCCGGUGUCGCCGAGGUCCUCUCGCGCGCUCCGGGCGCCGCCGGCUACCUGCACGGUGUCUCUAAGCACACCUCUAAAUCGCUGUGGUCCAAGGUCGCCCGCCGGGUCUACGAGCACUUUGGGGCGAGCUGUACGUCGGUAUGGCCGUCAACUCGUCCAAGCGAUUGACUGGCCUCAAGCUCGCCUGGCGCGAGGCCACCAUUCUCGAUCCCAAUGACGCGCCAUUGGCUCCGUCGCCGCCGCCCGCGCUCGUAGCCGACGCUGAGACCUCGUCAGCUCCUCCCGGCACUGCCGACAACAAUCAACUCGUUCGUCGCAAGUCUAAGGAUAAGAUCAAGGCCAAGGCCAAGUCCAAGGAUAAGAUCAAGGCCAAGGCCAAGGCCAGGUCCAAGGCGAGGUCCAAGACCAAGUCGAAGGACAAGGACAAUGACAAGGACAGGGUCAAGAGCAAGGACAAGAGCAAGACAAAGUCCAAGUCGAAGCGCAAGGUCAUCGAGUACCCUGUUGAGCCGUAUCAGUAUUGAACUCCUCCCUCCCCUCCCC